UGUCGGAGCCUCCCGCCGGCUGCGGGAGCGGCACCGAGCGGCAGCGGGCCCGGCGGGCACCGAGCCCCGCACAGCCCCGCACAGCCCCUCCGGGCCGGGCCGGGCCGGGCCGGCAGCCCCCGCACAGCAUGGCCGAGCCGCCGGCAGCGCCGGCCCCCGAGGGCGAGGAGGGCCCGGUGCGCUUCGCCCGCAAGGGCGCCCUGCGGCAGAAGAACGUGCACGAGGUGAAGAACCACAAGUUCACGGCGCGGUUCUUCAAGCAGCCCACCUUCUGCAGCCACUGCACCGACUUCAUCUGGGGUUUCGGCAAGCAGGGCUUCCAGUGUCAAGUUUGCUGCUUCGUCGUGCACAAGCGGUGCCAUGAGUUCGUUACCUUCUCCUGCCCUGGCGCCGACAAGGGCCCUGCCUCUGAUGAUCCCCGGAGCAAGCACAAAUUCAAAAUCCACACGUACUCCAGCCCCACCUUCUGUGACCACUGCGGGUCGUUGCUGUACGGGCUCAUCCACCAGGGCAUGAAAUGUGACACCUGCAUGAUGAACGUGCACAAGCGCUGCGUGAUGAACGUGCCCAGCCUGUGCGGGACGGACCACACGGAGCGCCGGGGGCGGAUAUACAUCCGGGCAGACAUCGACAAGGACGUGCUCACCGUCGUAGUAAGAGAUGCUAAAAACCUAGUUCCUAUGGACCCUAAUGGCUUGUCAGAUCCCUACGUGAAGCUUAAACUAAUCCCUGACCCCAAAAAUGAAAGCAAACAGAAGACCAAAACUAUCAAGUGCUCCCUGAAUCCUGAGUGGAACGAGACAUUUAAAUUCCAACUGAAAGAGGCAGACAAAGACAGGCGGUUGUCUGUGGAGAUCUGGGACUGGGAUCUGACCAGCAGGAAUGAUUUCAUGGGCUCCUUGUCCUUUGGGAUCUCUGAGCUGCAGAAGUCGGGAGUGGAUGGAUGGUUUAAGCUGCUGAGCCAGGAGGAGGGGGAGUAUUUCAACGUCCCAGUGCCUCCCGAGGGAGAAGAAGGAAACGAGGAACUGAGGCAGAAAUUUGAGAGAGCCAAGAUCGGGACUGGGUCCAAGGCCGCGGAUGAGAAGACAAGAAAUGCCAUUUCCAAAUUUGACAACAACGGGAGCAGAGAUCGGAUGAAGCUUUCGGACUUCAACUUCCUGAUGGUGCUGGGAAAAGGAAGCUUUGGGAAGGUGAUGCUGGCGGAGAGGAAGGGCACAGAUGAGCUCUAUGCUGUGAAGAUCUUGAAGAAGGACGUUGUCAUCCAGGAUGAUGAUGUGGAGUGCACGAUGGUGGAAAAACGCGUCCUGGCUCUCUCCGGGAAGCCUCCAUUCCUGACCCAGCUCCACUCCUGCUUCCAGACCAUGGAUCGCUUGUAUUUUGUGAUGGAAUAUGUGAAUGGUGGGGACUUGAUGUACCAGAUCCAGCAGGUUGGGAGGUUCAAGGAGCCCCACGCAGUGUUCUACGCAGCAGAAAUAGCCAUUGGCCUCUUCUUCCUGCAGAGCAAAGGCAUCAUUUAUCGAGACCUGAAGCUGGACAACGUGAUGCUGGAUAGCGAGGGGCACAUAAAGAUCGCAGACUUCGGCAUGUGCAAGGAGAACAUCUGGGACGGGGUGACCACCAAGACCUUCUGUGGCACUCCAGACUACAUCGCGCCCGAGAUAAUUGCUUACCAGCCCUAUGGGAAGUCUGUGGAUUGGUGGGCGUUUGGAGUCCUGCUCUAUGAGAUGUUGGCUGGCCAGGCCCCCUUUGAGGGAGAAGAUGAAGACGAGCUCUUCCAGUCCAUCAUGGAGCACAACGUCGCCUACCCCAAGUCCAUGUCCAAGGAGGCAGUGGCCAUCUGCAAAGGGCUGAUGACCAAGCACCCCGCCAAGCGCCUGGGCUGCGGCCCGGAGGGGGAGCGGGACAUCAAGGAACACGCCUUCUUCCGCUACAUCGACUGGGACAAGCUGGAGCGCAAGGAGAUCCAGCCCCCCUUCAAGCCAAAGGCUUGCGGACGCAGCGCUGAAAACUUCGACCGGUUUUUCACUCGCCACCCACCCGUGCUAACACCUCCCGACCAGGAAGUCAUCAGGAACAUUGACCAGUCAGAAUUCGAAGGAUUUUCCUUUUUUAACUCUGAGUUUUUUAUGCCUGAAGCCAAGAGCUAA